AUGCAGGCUCCUCUCAGGCUCUGGCCCCGCCCCCAGGCCCCUCUGACCCCGCCCUCAGACGCUGGCCCCGCCCCCAGGCCCCUCUCAGCGGAUCACAAAGAGCUGACGAGGCAUGAGGACUACACUGUUUACAAAGGUACGAAGAAUGUCGAGAUCACAGGGACAGGACAGAGACAGGACAGGGACAGGACAGGGACAGGACAGAGGUAUCACAGGGACAGGACAGAGACAGGACAGGGACAGGACAGAGGUAUCACAGGGACAGGACAGAGACAGGACAGGGACAGGACAGAGACAGGACAGGGACAGGACAGAGACAGGACAGGGACAGGACAGAGGUAUCACAGGGACAGGACAGAGGCAUCACAGGGACAGGACAGAGGCAUCACAGGUACAGGACAGAGACAGGACAGGACAGAGGUAUCACAGGGACAGGACAAAGACAGGACAGGACAGGGACAGGACAGGGGCAUCACAGGGACAGGACAGGGGCAUCACAGGGACAGGACAGAGGUAUCACAGGGACAGGACAAAGGCAUCACAGAGGCAUCACAGGGACAGGAAAGGGACAGGACAGAGGCAUCACAGGGACAGGAAAGGGACAGGACAGAGGUAUCACAGGGACAGGACAGCGACAGGACAAAGGCAUCACAGGGACAGGACAGAGGCAUCACAGGGACAGGACAGAGGUAUCACAGGGACAGGACAGAGGCAUCACAGAGACAGAACAGGGACAGGACAGAGGUAUCACAGGGACAGGACAGAGGCAUCACAGAGACAGGACAGAGGCAUCACAGAGACAGGACAGAGGCAUCACAGGGACAGGACAGAGGCAUCACAGGGACAGGACAGAGGUAUCACAGGGACAGGACAGAGGCAUCACAGGGACAGGACAGAGGCAUCACAGGGACAGGACAGAGGCAUCACAGAGACAGGACAGAGGCACCACAGAGACAGGACAGAGGCAUCACAGGGACAGGACAGAGGCAUCACAGAGACAGGACAGAGGCAUCACAGAGACAGGACAGAGGCAUCACAGGGACAGGACAGAGGCAUCACAGGGACAGGACAGAGGCAUCACAGGGACAGGACAGAGGCAUCACAGGGACAGGACAGAGGUAUCACAGGGACAGGACAGAGGCAUCACAGGGACAGGACAGAGGCAUCACAGGGACAUGA